CUUGAGCCGGAAGUCAGCAUUGGAUUGAACUUGAUACACAACUAUCGUCAACAAUAUUAUUUUUUAACGAACUGAAGUUCUGCAUUUACAUGGGAUAAAUGUCUACAUCAGAAAAGCCAGGUUUUUAUAGGAUCGAACUGAAUAAGACAGUAUGGGACGUGCCGCAACAUUACCAACUUCUAAAUCCGAUUGGAUUAGGAGCUUAUGGUCAAGUUUGUUCUGCUGUAAAUACCAUGUACAAUGAAAAAGUGGCCAUAAAGAAACUAGCCCGACCAUUUCUCAGCGACAUCCAUGCCAAGAGAACAUACCGAGAACUAUGCAUGUUAAAACACAUGGACCAUGAAAAUAUAAUUAAUUUAUUGGAUGUUUUUACCCCACAAAUGUCAUUAGAUGCCUUCAGUGAUGUAUAUAUGGUCACACCUUUAAUGGGUGCCGAUUUAAAUAAUAUUUUAAAAACUCAGAAAUUAAGUGAUGAUCAUGUACAGUUUUUGGUUUAUCAAAUUUUACGAGGUUUAAAGUAUAUACAUUCUGCUGGCAUAAUACACAGAGAUUUAAAACCAGGUAAUUUAGCGGUUAAUGAAGAUUGUGAAUUAAAGAUUCUAGAUUUUGGUUUAGCUCGACAUGCUGAAGAUUCUAUGACAGGUUACGUUGCUACACGAUGGUAUCGAGCGCCAGAGAUUAUGUUAAAUUGGAUGAAAUACGAUCAAACUGUUGAUAUAUGGUCAGUAGGAUGCAUAAUGGCAGAAAUGUUAACUGGUAGACCCUUAUUUCCAGGCACAGAUCAUAUAGAUCAAUUAACUCGUAUAUUGAGUUUAGUUGGAACACCAAAUGAUGAAUUAAUGAAUGAGAUUACUAGUGUUGAUGCCAGAUCGUUUAUAAAAUCAUUGCCAAAAUGGGAGAAGAAAGAUUUUCGUGAAGUUUUUCUUGGAGCCAAUCCUCAGGCCAUUGAUUUAUUAGAAAAGAUGUUAAAGUUGGAUGUAAAGAAACGUAUUACAACAGAGCAAGCACUGGCUCAUCCUUACCUGGGUCAAUAUGCCGACCCUUCUGAUGAACCUACCUCUGAACCUUACGAUCAGUCUUUCGAAGAAAUGAAACUCUCAGUACCUGAAUGGAGAAAGCUAGUUUAUGAUGUUAUUACCAGCUUCGACGGACCUAAAAGACAAUAAAACAAACAUCAAGUUAAUCAUAUUUUAUUUUAUAUAGAAAAACCCAGCUUAAAAAUCAAACAUGUUUCAUCUCUCUUCAUUACAUCAUCAUUCUCUAGUAUCUCUUUCAAAUUUAAUAUAUCGUAAAUAAUAUGUUUAAAUUCGACCAGUCACGUUAAUAUAAAGAUACAGAUGAUACACAUCAAGAACUGAAUGAUUAGGGGCUGCUGAAGUCGUUAUUAUAGGGAUUUUGAAUACAAUAUCAUGAACGUUGAAUCUCUAUUUUUUUUUUUUUAAUUCUAUGCACUAUUCAAAAUGAUGAAUUGGGCAUCCUCUGUAGAUAUAAACAAACCAGAGCCACCUAUUGGGUAAAAACUUUUGAUAAUCCUCUUUUUAAUUUGAUAAGAGUCCGAUCCAUUGAUAUUUUGAUCUUGGUUUCUAAUGUAAAUGUUAAAUAAUCUAUUUGAAAAUAUUUUUGCAAUGGAAAAUAUGAUAUUGUCUGACAAAUUUCGGUUCAGCGCCUUUUAUGAUAUUGAUUUGUUAUACCCCUGUGUUCACAUUCACGUCUGGGUGGGUUGGAUUUAAACAUCUGUGAUUUCUGUAUCAGCCAUUUAAAUUAAGACAAAGAAACUUAUUAUAAUAUUUUAAGAUUAAUUAAACAGCAAGGCCAUAGGAGAUGGAAACGAGGACUAUAGAGGGAUGUAAGCUCAUCUGUAUCUUAUCAUUAACCCGUUAAGUGCGUAGGUCGUUAUAUAACGUCCUGGACAACUGCCACUCACUGUGUGUAGGGCGUAAUAUAACGCCUUGGUUGGAAGUAUUUUCCCCAACCUAUUCUUCGAACAUAGUACAUAGUUCUUCGUCACUUCGUCAAAUUAAUUACACAAUAGGGGGUAGUUAACGUUUUAAAAACGUCACGCUUAAUGGGUUAUGGACAAGCCAGAGAUGUAUGCACAUCUGGCACUUGUCUUCGUGAAGAAGAGAGAAAAGUGUACGCUCAUCUGUCGCUUUUUUUCGUGAAGAAGACAGAGAUGUAUUCUCAUAAAAAUCUCAUCGUCUGCUGUAAACUAUUACAGAUGAGCGAGCGUGAAAAAAGGGUCUUGGCUCCCUCCAAUAAUUAAAUUUUAUGUUCCUCUCUUCUCAUGUGCAGAUUUCAUCGUAAAAUUUGCGAUUUCCUUGAUAUAAACAUGUGACCUAUGUGCCCUAAUGGAAGCAGCAUAUACUUAUAGCUUCAGUAGCUAUGUGGAAGCUUUUAAUUUAGGUUAAUGUGUGAAAAACAAAUUGUCCAAUUGAUUACUACUGAUGUAUUGUUUUUCUUCGAGAUGGAAAUCGAUCGUCGAUGAAACGUGAGCUAGACAUAAUCAAUUUCUUAACAGUGGCAAAAUAAUUUAACCCUGAACCAAAACUAACAAAUCCUGCGCUGUUGAUCAAAAACUAAAUCAAAUUUGUUUCCAUGGAAACACUAAAAUGAUUAAAUCUGAGAUAUUUGUGAUUAGAAGGCAGUACUAUUUGUAAGUUUUUUGAGAUAUUCUCUGGAAACAAAGUCUGGAAUGAGAGAAGGCCGACAUUUUAAUAUUCCUACCGUAUCUUAAUCGCAGGAUAAAAAAAAAAUCGGACAAAAGAAUUUAUUUGGACAGAUUAAAUUGGCUGUUCAUUAAAUGAACACAUCAGAUCUUGUCAAAUCUGGAUUUUGUUUUUUUCACACAUUUAAAGCUACGUAGUUGUAUCCAAGUAUUCUGUAUGUACUUAAAUAAUAUUUCGCAUUAGGUUUAAGAUCAAAGCUUCAUAUUUUAUAUGGUAAUAUAUAGAUUUAGGAUGUAAUGUAAUGCAUAAUAAUACAAAAAUAAUUAUCAGCUGAGCUGAUUGUCUCUUGAGCCACUUAGGGAAAUAUACAAUGAGCCACUUAAGAAUAAUCUGCUGAGCUGAUUGUCCCUUGAGCCACUUAGGGCAAUAUACACUAGGGCAUUGAGCCACUUAAGGGGGAUAUACACCAAGAAUAAUCUGCUGAGCUGAUUGUCCCUUGAGCCACUUAGGGCAAUAUACACUAGGGCACUGAGCCACUUAAGGGGAGAAACACCAAGAAUAAUCUGCUGAGCUGAUUGUCUCUUGUGCCACUUUAAGGGAAAUGUACACUGGAUUUGAUCUGUUGAGCAGACAUCAUCUUGUGUAAUUGGUAGUGCAUGUGACGUUAACCAUAGUCUGCUGUGUGCUUCGUAGUCAAUCCACGCUGGAGUUUAUCGUGUGCUACGUAGUCAAUCCUCGCUGGAGUUUAUCGUGUGCUAUGUAGCCAAUGCAAGCUGGAGUUUAUCGUGUGCUACGUAGUCAAUCCACAUUGGAGUUUAUCGUGUGCUACGUAGUCAAUCCACACUGGAGUUUAUCGUGUGCUAUGUAGCCAAUCCACGCUGGAGUUUAUCGUGUGCUAUGUAGCCAAUCCACGCUGGAGUUUAUCGUGUGCUACGUAGUCAAUCCACACUGGAGUUUAUCUGCUGAGUAGAUUGUCCCUUACGACACUCAAGGGUAGCCCACACUAGAAUUUAUUUGCUAGGCUGAUUGUUUCGUGUGGUACGUAAGAGCAGAGAAGACCAUUGUUAAUCUGCUGAGCAGAUUGUCUCUUGGAAUUUAUUUGAUUAUUUUAUAUAAUUAAUUCUUGUUGUCAUGGAAAUGUAAAUUAAUUAUAAUUUUUUGCUGCUUUAAGUCUUUUACAUUCAUUUGUUCUUUGAAUGAUAAUUCCAUGCUUUGUUUUGUAAUAUUUAUUUCUGAUAAAUGUAGUUUGAUUAUGAAACAUUCUCAAGACAAUGUUAAUAAUUUACUUCCUAAUAGUAAACCAAGUGGUACCAGGGUGUUCUAGAAAUAAAAACCUGACUCAUGCAUUGAACAGUGGUAUCAGGGUGUUCUUUUCUAAUAAUGUUUACUUCAUACUUCAGCCUUUUCUGAAUAUUGAAAUAACUAAAUGAAAUUUGAGUAAAUUGGUAAUAUUGUCUGAAUGUUUCAUCGUCAUGCCGUCGGUAUCUUGGUGUAACCAUGGCCGUUAAUCUAUUAUUACUUCCCUUAGUAUAAAACCGAUAAAUAUUAUCAUGUGACUGGUUUAGGCCAAUCAUAAUUACUGUACAGACUGGCCCCACCCCUCUGCUGUGUUGAUUUGUGUCAACAUGUUUUUAGAUUGGUACAGGUAGCAGAUAUCGGUAUUGAAGUAAAUUCUGUACAGAGACAGGCAUCUCUCCUCCCUACGGUGUUUAUGUCCAAAUUGGUUGGGGAGAUCAGAUCGGUUGUUUUAAAUAAUUUCUAUGAGGAUAAUUCAUCUAUUGCGAUUUCUGGGUUAUAUAGUUAGAGUUACCCGGCCCUACACCUAACCCACAGGCUAUAUAACUCGGCGUGUGGGAAUUUCGACCUCCCCAAACUGGACUAUUGUUAUUAAUUUUAGUUACCAUGGUUACACCACUCACCUAACUCUGUUAUCAAUUUUUGUUGUUUAGUGCUUCAUAGUUUAAAGGCUGGUUGCUAAGCAUGUAUAUAUUUAUUUUUAUAGAAAUAAAACUAUGUUUUGUUUUUAUUUUCAUUUGACUACUGAAUGCUUUUGUUUUUUUUUUGUUUUAACUUCUAUUUUCAUUUAGAAUUUUAUUUCUAAUCAUGGGUCGGCCAUCUUUGAUACUGUGUCACAGUACGUCUAACUCUUUAUCGCUAACCUCUUGCACACUCAGCUCAAGAGCAGUAUUCACAACACGAAUGUUUUGUUCGUAUAUUGCGAGUUAUAAGGGGUUAGGCCAUACAGAUUUAACCCCUUGUACACUCAGCUCAAGAGCAGUAUUCACAACACGAAUGUUUUGUUCGUAUAUUGCGAGUUAUAAGGGGUUAGGCCAUACAGAUUUAACCCCUUGUACACUCAGCUCAAGAGCAGUAUUCACAACACGAAUGUUUUGUUCGUAUAUUGCGAGUUAUAAGGGGUUAGGCCAUACAGAUUUAACCCCUUGUACACUCAGCUCAAGAGCAGUAUUCACAACACGAAUGUUUUGUUCGUAUAUUGCGAGUUAUAAGGGGUUAGGCCAUACAGAUUUAACCCCUUGUACACUCAGCUCAAGAGCAGUAUUCACAACACGAAUGUUUUGUUCGUAUAUUGCGAGUUAAGGGGUUAGGUCAUUUAGAUUUCAAUUUUUGUUCUUUUCGAAAAAAAAAAAAAAAAAAUAGAAAUUUAAAACACAAAAAGUGCUGCCCUUAUCAAAAGUUUUCAGUACCAAAUUUUGAAGUUUGUAAUUUUAAACAAAACACUUUUCAUAUAACAGAAGUGGCUUAUCAAGGCCUCUGAAAAACUAAAAAUCACAUUGGUAAGGCCUUUGCGGUUAUCGGCAAGCAGCAUGUAUGACGUACUGACCCUAUUCAUUGAGUCAGGGUUAUUGUCGUGUAGCAUGUACUACGAUGUUGUAUCGUGGAAUGACGACCCUAUUCAUUGAGUCAGGGUUAUCGUCGUGCAGCAUGUACUACGAUGUUGUAUCGUGGAGUGCCGACCCUAUUCAUUGAUGUAGAAACUGCUGUAAAAUAUUUUACUUUGUAUAUAAUAUAGGCAUUGCUCAAUUAUAGAAUAAUGACUGGGACUUCGUUACGCAUCUUUCAUCAAUUAUGCAUAAAUCCAUAUUAAUUUUUAUGAAGUUUUGAAAUUUUUUGAAAAUUAAUCCAUUAACACAUUGUAUGUGUAAAUAUUGACUACUUCUAUUUCCUAAAAAUAUGAGAGAAAAACGAAUAAGUUUUAUUUUGAAUUUCGUCGCUGUUUUCGAAACUACUCAAAGCUGCUAUUUGGUAUAUUGACUCCAACUGUUUGAGUCACGGAACUGGUAUAGCAAAAUGAUCUAAAUUUGUGUUAACGAGCCAUAAAACCCCAUUCGGUUUCAGACGGUCAUUAUGAUUGGUUGAUAUGAUAUUCGGUUUCAGACGGUCAUUAUGAUUGGUGAAUAUGAUAUUAAUAAGAGCCUUGUUAUUAAAGGGAGAAUGAUUGGGUUUGUUUUUGCAUCGUCAUUUUGAAAUGGAGGUGUUCGGGUCCCAGCAGUCCUAUAGAGUUGGUUGCAUCUAUUUCACAUGUAUGCUUGCAGAUUUCCCCAAGGUCAUGAGAUGUAAACAGGGUUAGGGCAUGUGAUUGUUGUCAAGGAUUGUGGGUAAGGGCUAGGGUUAUGGUUAAGGCUAGCCCUGUUUAUAACUCGUGACUUAUGACGUAAUCUGCAGAUGUUCAUGGGAAAUGUUAGCCCUAAUCCUGUUUAUAACUCGUGGCUUAUGACGUAACCUGCAGGUGACCUUGUGAAAUAGAUGCAACCCUAUGGAGUUGUAGUAUAAAUAAUUGUAUGUAUAUGAAAAAUUAUUAAAAAAUAUAUAUUAUAUGAGUGUUAUCAUAUUGUAGUUGUAUACAGAAUAACAGAUUAUUAAUUAUAUCAUUGUUAUAAACUAUUACUCACUUAUAAUACAACUAAAACACGUAUACUAUUUCAUUUCAUAAGUUAAAGUUCAACCAGUACAGUGGUUGACAUUAUUGCACACGUCUUGUCAAACCUUCAAAGGCUAAUAUCUUUGCUCGCAAUAGAGUAAUUUGAAUGAAAUUUUCAAAUUAUUCAUUUUACAUUAUCUAUUUUUGAACUAUUAUAGCAAGAAUGAUCAGCUCUUUAUCUAAAUCUUACAUAAUGUAUCUUUAAUUCAAUAUAAACAGUAAUUGUGGUGUCUGUUUAUUACAAGUUAAGAACCAACCAAUCAGAUCUGUGCUUUUAUAAAUGGUUGUCGCCCAAACGCUGAAUUCUGUUGAUAUUCUUAAGGCAUUAAGCUGCAAGUUUGUGUUUUUAAGGUGAGUUGUAUUAAGGCAAAGGUUUUAGGGACUCUGCUGACUAGUGGGUACGGAUGUAGCGAUACCCUGGGAAAGGCUUUAGAGACUCUGCUGACUAGUUGGUACGUAUGUAGCGAUACCCGGGGAAAGGCUUUAGAGACUCUGCUGACUAGUGGGUACGUAUGCAGCGAUACCCGGGGAAAGGCUUUAGAGACUCUGCUGAGUAGUGGGUACGGAUGCAGCGAUACCCUGGGAAAGGCUUUAGAGACUCUGCUGACUAGUGGGUACGGAUGCAGCGAUACCCUGGCGAUUGUGAUUAAUCAUGAUUAUUGGGUCAAGCGAUUCAAUAAUCACCUCCUUUCUCAAUAAUCGCCGUAUCACGACAUAUCUUGAUUAUUUUUUUAAAAAUCGCAAUUAUGAUUUGGGAGAAUCAAAUUUGGAUUGUUUUUCAUAUUAUCUUGGCCGAAGUCUCGUCAAAAUGACAGUAGGAUAGUAAAACAUCUCAUGUAAACAGUUUCAAGUUACCCCACUACAUCUCAUGUAAACAGUUUCUAGUUACCCCACUACAUCUCAUGUAAACAGUUUCUAGUUACCCCACUACAGCUCAUGUAAACAGGCUCUGCCAUUCUGUUAAUCAACCUACUAUGUCAAUCAGGCUCUGCCACUCUGUUAAUAAAGCUGCUAUGUUCAUCAGGCACUGCCAAUCUGUUAAUCAAGCUGUUACGUUAAUGAAAACCUAGCAUAAGGACAUAUUGUAUUAUAUUAUUAUUGUAACGAAUUUCUUUGUUAUGACCUGUACGACAUAUGAAAUGAUAAAGCUCUGUUUACCCAAAACAAUUUAUUCUAUAAAAUUUAUAAAAUAUAUACCAUUUUAAUGCUCAUUUCAUUAACUUGUAUAUUUAAGACUUAGAAAUAGAGAUAUAGCCUUGAUUAUUCCUGUCAAUAUUUUCUCAACUUUGACUAUAAGUCUGGACGAAAUAGAGGCCAUUGUGUAUAUGUCAGCCACACAAGGUUGGCGCGUGCGCGUUGGAGGGUUGGAUGGCCGAAUGUUUAGCGCGUGCACGUUGGAGGGUUUGAUGGCCGAAUGGUUAGCGCGUGCAAGUUGUAUCAUAAAGUCUACCAUUGAGUCAACUGGCAUUGUUUCGAUUCCCCAGUUAUACAUGACAAGGAGUACGGUCGCCCGUCCAACCUUGUGGGUUUUCUCUGGGUCCUCUGGUUUUCUCCCGCUGCUAAAAACCCCUACGCGCAAGCUAAUUGUUGAAAUAAAAUUGAACCAUAUGUUAGUCCCGAAAUGACCUAGUUUGUGUCUAGUGGCUGUUAAACCCCAUUUCUUUCUCUCUCUCUCUCUCUAGAGAUGAUGAGCAUGGUGAACCAAUUACAUCAUUUCCUGUUUUAAUAUAAAUGAAUUACUCGCUUAGAAUAUAUUUUUGCUUGUGUUAUAGGAGUGAUUAUUUGUAAAUAUAUAUUUAAAAUUUAUAGAAAAUCGUUGGUCCUCAUCUUUAACUGAUUGUUGGACUGUUUGUAUCUACGGUUAACACAAUGACUGAUGGAAAUGAUGUCUCAAUCAGACCAGUUAACAAUGACUGAUGGGAAAUGCUGUCUCAAUCGACCAGUUAACAAUGCUUAUUUCAAAUAAAAACUUGAGAGAGAAAAAGAGAAAUGGGGUUUAACGUCCACUCGACACAAACUAGGUCAUUUUGGGACUAACAUAUGGUUCAAUUUUAUUUCCAUAAUUCGCUUGCGCGUAGGGGUCUUCAGCAGUGGGAGGAAAACGGAGGACCCGGAGAAAACCCACGAAGUUGGACAGGCGACCCUACUCCUUGUCACGUACAACCAGGGAUUCGAAACCAUGCCAGUCAACUCAAUGACAGACUUUAUGAUAUAGCACACACGUGCUAACCAUUCAGCCAUCCAACCCCCCAAAAUAAAAACUUAAAGACAUACGAUAAUGUUUAUGUGACCUAUAGACAAAGUUAGUGUUUGUUAGUCCAGACUCUAUUCGUUGUAGUCAGAGUACUGAUACAGUUGAGACUGGAAUGAUCAAGUCAAUUUUAACGAUUAGUUUAAUAUAAAAGCAUAUCAUAUUAUUAGACAUUUGGCAUUUACACAUCACAGAUUUUCUGCCGAUUUUUUAUCACGUUGUCUUUCAACCAUUGGCUUUGACUCUGUACUUUGUACAUCAGAUUCAAGUUACCAGUCAAAUUACCUGUUGCACUCUUCAUUUCACAACCUAUUAGACUUGGUAUGUUGUUCAUCUAACCUGAGUUGCCAGUCAAUUACCUGUACCGCCAUGUAGUCCUGACUUGGUAACCAGUUUGAUUCGGUAACUUUGCACAUCUGUUUUGGUUUAUAGUUUCGUAGGGUGACCUAAUGAUAUAUCACAUGUGUUUUAGUUCAAUAGGUCUUGUCAUUGAGUCAACUGGCGUGGUUUCAAUUCCCCGGAUUGUGUGUGACGAGGAGUAGGGUCGCCUGUCUAACCUCGUGGGUUUUCUCCGGUUUCCUCCCACUGCUGGUGGGGAGGGGGGAUGGAUGGCCGAAUGGUUAGCAUGUGCACGUUGUAUCAUAAAGUCUGUCAUUGAGUCAACUGGCGUGGUUUCAAUUCUCUGGAUUGUGUGUGACAAGGAGUAGGGUCGCCUGUCCAACCUCGUUGGUUUUCUCCAGGUUCCUCCCACUGUUAAAGACCGCUACGCACAGCGAAUUAUUGGAAUAAAAUGACCAAUGUCGUUUAUUUCUAAACAAAAAAGAUACAGAGACAAACCGGUUACCGAUUUGCACCGCGACAACAGUUAGCAAAAUAAUUGGAAAAGCGUGAUUUAAGAAAAUCUGUGUUUCUUCAUACUGUUCAUGUUGGUUUUGGAAUGAAUGCUUAUAUUAUAUUGUAUUACCUGUAAAAAAACCAUUUUUUUGUGCGUUUUUUUUAGUAUAUUUGCGAAUCAUCAUGGCAGAAAGACAGUCCACCAUGACAUAUCAGGGCUUUCUUUCAAUUUAAUACAAUCAUCCAGAAUUCCUUGACGUUCUCUGACCUUCAUCAUUUCUUAAAGGGACAAUAACACUCUUGCUGGCUUGACAGCUCCAGAAAAUAAAUAAUAGCCUUAUUCUAAGUAUUAGAUAUUUAUGUGUCCUACCUGUUGUGUAAAUUAUCCAUUACAUCCUAUUUUACUUGUCCAGAGGGUUCGAAAAUAUUUUUAAAUCCAAGUCACAUUUGAAAAGGUUUACGUUAGGCUUUUCAAAUCAUUUAGUUGAAUUUUUCUAAUUUUUUAAAUAAGGUGUGUUAAGAUGAAAUUUGUAUCAUCAAUUAAUUGGAAUAUUGUAAAAUAGUACAAUUUGUUAACCAGAAUAAAGAUUGGGACAUAUUAUUCAGUUACAACAAGAGUGGUAUUGAGCCUUUAACAGUACCUGAUAUUGUGCUUUAAGAUUGGGGAGGUUGGAUGGCCGAAUGGUUAGCACAUGCGUGCUGUAUCAUAAAGCCUGUCAUUGAGUCAACUGGCGUGGUUUCGAAUCCCCGGUUGUAAGUGACAAGGAGUAGGGUCGCCUGUCCAACCUCGUGGGUUUGUGUCGAGUGGACGUUAAACCCCAUUUCUCUCUCUCUCUCUCGCUUUAAGAGCGUAUUUUGAUUGGUCGACUAAUAAUUCUAGAUCAGUUUUAGGCAGAUCGCUAAGCGAAAUAGUGGGCCUUGUGUAGCGGAACCGGUAACCUAUAUUUGAUAAUCAGACUUCGAUCACAUGAUAUCCCACAAAGCUGAUGAUCGUAAAAUGGCAAGCGUUAUAAGACUUGUCUUAAAUAACGCGAAUUGAGCUAAAAAUUCAGAUUUUAGACCCCAUUUCAUUUAUAAAUAGGAUUGUCAUUGAGUCAACUGGUGUGAUUUCGAUUCCCCGGUUGUACGGACAAGGAGUAGGGUCGUCUGUCCAACCUCGUGGGUUUUCUCCGGGUCCUUCGGUUUCCUCCCACUGCUAAUGACCCCUACGCGCAAGCGAAUUAUUGAAAUAAAAAAAUAAAUAAACCAUAUGUUAGUCCCGAAAUGACCUCUAAACAUGCUCGUACAGCGACGCUAGUCUUCUUUUAUAUAGAAUUCCAACCUCCAAGGGAUCUUUUCCGGUCACACCAAUGUGUACAUGGGACUUCGGAAUCGCGUUCAUGUCAGCUACUCAAAUAUGUAACUGGUUCAAAAAUUGAUUGAAUAUUCAAUGAGAUAUCGCCAAUUUUCUGGUUUUGUGCACGUUAAAGAUUUGACGUCAUUGAUAUUAAUUCCAUGCUCAAACAACGUCAUGCCUUUUAUAAUAGGUGCAAUAUUCGAUACUACUGUACGAUACUGUCAUUGAGUCAACUGGCGCGGUUUCGAUUCCCCGGUUGUACGUGACAAGGAGUAGGGUCGUCUGUCAAACCUGGUGGGUUUUCUCCUCCCACUGCUAAAGUGAAUUAUUGAAAUAAAAUUGAACCAUGUGUUAGUCUCGAAAUGACCUAGUUUGUGUCAAGUGGACAUAAAACCCUAUUUCAUUUCGUUUAUAAGCAGGAUAGAAUAUAGUACCGUCAAUCCUAAAGGGCAAUCGGGUUCAGAUUCUGUCUAUAUAAAACUGAAUAUUUUAGUCAUUACAUUGCUGUAGUCGUGAUAAUGACCCAGGUCCCAAGGAAUCUUGUAUUUUUGACUUAUUUUAAAAUUCGAAGAAGCUUAGUCCGUUCUCUUUCGAUAACUAAUCUAAUAAUGCUAUUUUUGUCAUGAUGUUCGUCAAUAGACUACCCACGUCUGUAUAUUUUGAACUAAGUGACCUUUUGAAAUGCUGCUAUGGAUUGACCUCAGAUUGCACCCCCCCCCCCCCCGGUUGAAUAGGGCUGUUUUAAAUUUGCACAAAAAGGGAAGUUUGAAGUUUUAAAAAGAAAAAAGUUGUUCCGAUGGCACUGUUCUCACUUAAUGUCCUCUUCACCGCACAUGUAAUAUUAUAUUAUAAAUAUUAUAUAUCUAUAAAAAAUAAAAAAUUAUUUGUCUUGUUUCCAAAGUUUAUUUAUUUAUAUUUUACGGUAAUCAAAUGAUAUGCACUGUUUGUUUCAUCAUUUUCUUUUCAAUCCAUUUUAAUUUACGGUAAUUACAAGUUAUCGCCUUGAAAAAAAGGAAGGCGUUGAUAAAAAUGUGCAAGCUGUGUAGUUGUCUAUCUCCAGACCGUUCGGGUGAUCAUUAGAUUGUAAUGGUUUAGAUUCCCUGCUUGUACGUCACUAGGUGUAGGGGUUGCCUAUCUAAUUCCAUGGGUUUUAUUAUUUGGGGAGGUGGAUGGCCGAAUGGUUAGCACGUGCGUGCUGUAUCAUAAGGUCUAUCAUUGAGUCAACUGGCAGGGUUUCCAUUCCCUGGUUGCAUGUGACAAGGAGUAAGGUCGCCUCUCCGACCUCGUGGGUUUUCUCCGGUUUCCUCCCACUGCUAAAGACCCCUACGCGCAAGCGAAUUAUGGAAAUAAAAUUGAACCAUGUUAGUCCCGAAAUGACCUAGUUUGUGUUGAGUGGACAUUUAACCCCAUUUCUCUCUAUCUCUCUGUUUAUUAUUUAUAAACUCAAUGUCAAGUUUACUUUUAAGGUUGUUUGCGUUGUGAAUAUGAAUUGUAACAUGGGCUAGAAUUUAAAGUUCGAAUCUGGUACAUGUACAUGUAAUUACAGUAAAUAGUGGAAGGAGAUUAGAAACGUUUAUUUCGUUGGUACAUAAUUCAGGCUUCUAGUUAGUCUCUAUCAUCCAAAAAAAUAUUAGUCUGGAUGACUAGGAUGUUCUGGGUGACUGAGACUAGCUUCUAAUUAGGCUUUUAUUAAGGAGGUCUAAGAUUAUGACACAGUUUUCACAACGUGUAUUCAGCAUGGUUAUAUUAACAGGUGUCUUAUUCAUUCACAAAAUUUUUAACUAAAAUAUUUUAAGAAUACUUUCUUUUCAUUGGCUAAGAGCGUUAAGCUGUGCUAGGAUUUUAAUCAAUGAAAAGGCAGCAAGGCGCUUGGAUGGGAUGAAACAACUAGGUCCAGUGUAAAAGAUCCCUUGGCAGUUGGAAUUCGAUAUAAGAGUGGGUCGUAACGGCGCUGUCCUGGCAAAAUUCCCCUCAUAGCACACUGCAUGGCAUAUGCCCGUAUUCAUUAGCCCAGUCGGAGCAGAACUUUAAAACACCUUUUCAUUUCAUUUCUUUAGAAUAGUUGAAGUUUUUUGUGAAAAGGUUCUUGGACUGUUGUAUUUUUAUGUCACGAUGUAAUUUAAGCAAUAUUGAUAUAGAAAAUCCACAUUUUCACCAACCAUUGGGAUCCUUACUCAAAAUAACUUAUAACUAAUAUAUUGUACGAAUUCAGCCGUUUCAUUGGUUGAGGGUUCAACUCCUAAUUCAAAAUUUAACUUUUGACCAAUGGAAAGGCUGAUUCCUAAAAAUAUAUUUGGUUAAAUUAUCAUGAAUAAGGCCCUGGACUUUUUGAAGAUUUAUAUUUCAUUUCACAAUUAUGUUCAUCGUUGAUUACAAUUUUUAAAAAAUGUCAUUUAAUAAAUGAACAAAAAACU